AUGGAUGAAAUUGGUACUUUUUCUACCUCAAAUUUAGCAGAUGUGAUGGAGAUAAAGGAGUUCCACUCCUUUAGGAUGGUACACAGGAUAAUUAAGAAGAGAAUAAUGACCAAAGUCAAUCGCCAUAUUUUGGAAGGAGAGCUGAGCUAUCAUGCUCCAAGGAUUGCUAUUAAGGAUAUCGUAUGGUGCCUUGAUGAACUCCUGUUCCAAAAUAACAUGGGCCUCAAAGGAGUGGAGAAUAAGGAUGAUGUACCACUAGAUGAGGAAGAUGAACCAAUCCCUCCUUCAUUUGACACUUACUGCAUAAAUAAAAUCGGAGUAAAGAGGACGAUCAAGAUUCAAAAAUUAGAAGACACUCAGCCAACUCUUGAGGUAGCUUCACAGACCAAGACUGUUGAGUCUGCCCUGAGCCUCCUACGUAGAGGUUUCAAGAAGAAAGCUAAUAUAAACAAUAGAAGGUAACUUUCUGAAUCUCA